CUCGCCUCUUGCCCUCGCCCGUGUUUGCCCCCUCACACGGCCCCCCUUUGCGCCCCCCGCCCCCUGUUUGGUGCUCUGCCGCACCUUGAACCGCUCACCGGCUGCCGGGCCCCUUGUCUGGUUGCUGGCCUGCCCGUCGCUCGCCGCCUGGACACCCGCGCCCGGCGCCCACCUUCAGCCCAAGGGCCGACAUGCUGGCAGUGGCCCGGCGCGAGAGCCGACCCGGCCGGAACACGCCGGCCCGGCGUCGGCCGGCGCUCAUGUCACGCAUGGUCCUGCUGCUGGUCACCCUGCUGCUGGCGGCCGGGCUCUCGGUGAGGCCCUCACACCAGCAGGAGGUCUUCCUGUACGCGGCGCCGUGGCAGCUGCUGCACGACUCGCAGCCGGCCCUCCUGCGCACGCACUAUGACGGCUUCUCCACGGCGUUCAUCCGGAUUUCCGACGAUGUCAUUAGGAGGAAGACCCAGCGGGACUCGCUGGAGGACCUGCAGGAGGUCCGCUGGGGGCCCUUCUUCGCCGGGGAGUUCCAAUCGAUCACGCGGCCGCGGUCGGGCUUGUCCAGCUCCGGGGGCUUGUUCUUUGUCCUGAGCGUCAACAACCCCGAACCCACGGUCGUGGAGUAUACUCACAAGGAGGUGGCAUACUUCGAUGGCACCACGGUAUUCGACCUUCCGGCCCCGAGCACCGAGCUGCUGGCCGCUGUGGCCGGUACUGCCGACCGGGAGGUCAUCCUGCUGGGCCUCAUCGGGGACCCGGACGCCACGCGCUCGGUGUACUUGGCCAGGUUGUCGGGGGCCGGGCCCUUGGCUUUGCCAGUCUCUGCACCCAAUGCGUUUCUGGGCCCGGGCCUGGCCGUGCCCGGCAUGCACCAGUCCUUCUACAUGUCUGUCGGCAAGGAUGUCGUGCACAUCGCGCUGGAAAGCUCGAUGCAGGUGCACGUACGCUCAUGGCCCUCCAGCAGAACCAUCCUGGCCCUUGCCGCCACGCGGUUGACCUCCACCCAGGAAAGCUGUCCGGAUGGGGCCGAUGUCAUCAUCGUACAAAAGGAUGGCAUUUUGGCUGUACUCACUUGCUUCACUCCGACCAGCAUACGUGAUUAUGUGUCGGUGAGUUUGCCGAGCGUCCUGCCGCUGGAAGGGGUGCGGCUCCUGGCCCCCCCGGUCGAUGCCGUAUCGCCCAACCUGGCCAAGUUCUUCUAUUUGAUUGUGCCGAAUGCCACCGAUCCGCUCCACCGGGUGUGGAUGUACUCCAUGGAGAGUGACACGCUGGCCAAGCGGGCGGUCAUCCUGCCGAGGGGCUUCAACCAGCCGGCCGGCCUGCAGUUGGCUCGGCUUCACACUUCGGACCGGCCGACGUACCCGUGGUACCUGGUGUCCGGGUCGACGGUGCUCUUCGAUGACAAGGCCCUCGGCUGUGAGGAUGAUUGGACCAUCCGUUGCGAGAGGGAGGACCGCUUCCAUGAAUUGGCCCGCGGCUGGGCAUGUGCUCCGGGCCAGGCGAUGUCGCCCUUCGUGUCGGACGCUCACCUGUGCGCCGGCUGUGUCUCGAGGCACUAUCUGGAGCGAGGGCCAGACCCGACAGACGAGGCGCCCUUCUCGCAUGAGAGCCAUUCCUGCCAGGCCUGCACCGACCCCAAUUGCCUCACCUGUGACCAAGAGGACUGCCUGGUGUGCGCCGGCGGCUUCCUCAACCAGGUGGAUGUCGACAGCCAGAGGACCACCUGCGUGACAGCCUGCUCGAUGGGCUUCGCCCCGGUGAGCGGUACCUGCCAGCCUGUCGGCCAGCCCCGGGCCACGGUCGAGCUGACCGUCCCGCAGCCGACGCAGCCGGAGGACUUGCCCGACCCGAUGGACAUGGCCAGCAUGAAUGAAAGCUGGCUAUCGUUGGACCUCGACGCGGACGCGGUCCUCAUCUCGACCCGGCCGUCUGGCCCGCCGACCGGGGUCCUGCUUUUUUCGCGCUACGGCGACGCCUUCAUCCAAGAAUCGCCGCAGGACAUCCAGUCGGAUGUCCCGCGCGUGCGACAGGUCAGCCAGCUGAACUUGCCGAUCGGCACAUGGCUGAGGUCGGCCGCCGAGCUCGGGCCGCUGGCGUUCAAUGGCAAGGCCACGCAUAGGGUGAUGGCGUGCGACCCCGCGGGCGAGCUCCAUAUGCUGAGGAUGACUUGCAAUGUGGCUGCCGCGUGUGUGGUGGAUUCCAUCCAAUACUCGAAGUCCGCGGGUUUCUAUUGCUCCAGCAUGGCACGCGUGCAUGCCAAUGCCCUUGUCGUGCGGUCGAACCACGCCCAGGUGUAUGUCAUCCGCGCGGACCCCAGGUCCAUGGAGUUGAUCAUCCAGCCGGUGGAGGCCACCGGGGUGGCCGUCCUGCCGGUGCACACGUCGCUCGGGCUCCGCGCGGCGCCGGGGCUGGGGGACUGGUUUGUCUGGACGACCAUGUGGCAGCAGGCCACCGCCGGGCCGUGGGCGCUGCUGGGGGCCGACUCGCGCCGGAUGGCGGUCGAGGGGUCCCUGGUGCCGGGGCUGCCGGGCCAGGACAAUGCCUUUGUGCCGGUGGUCCUGCCCCGGCACCGGGAGCAGGCCGCGGAUCCCGGUGAAUUGGUCUUCGUCAACACCGCCGGGCCCGAGUGGCUUGUUCGCCAGGCGUCCGGGGACAUGCUGGUGGCCGGCCGCGCCACCGAGCUGGACACCCAUGUCCAAGUGCUGGGGACCUUCCCGGAGCCGGUGGCCCUCGGGUCGGGCUGGCAGGCGAACAGCCAAUUCCAAGCCCUGGCCCUGCCCCUGGGCGGACCGCACUAUCCGAGUGCGCUGCUGCUGAUGAGCCGGACCUUCCUGGGGCUGUCGGUGUUGUACUGUCCCCUGGGGGACCGGGGCCCGUGUAGCCUGCAGCCGGCCACCUUCGCCAUGCUGCCGGCGGAGAUCCAACGCAAUCACGUCGAGGCUCUCUGGUCGCCGGCGGCCCUGUGGCGGGUGUCCGGGCCGGGGGCCUCGACGCGGGCCGGCUCGCAGGCAUCGGCCGCGUCGCCCAUCUCCGGGCACUCGCUGGAGCUGGUGGCCCUUGCGCCGCAUGUCGGGCUGGUGGCCUUCUCGGUGGUGGUCGACUGCCCGGCCGGCACCUUCGGGCCCAUGUGCCAGCCAUGCCACCCCACCUGCCUGGAGUGCGAUGGGUCCGGCUCGAGCCGGUGCACGGCCUGCCCGGCCGGGCUGCUCUACCAUGCGGGCAGCUGUGUGCCGGGCUGCCCGGGCAACUGGUGGCCGGAUGUGACGGCGGCCGCAUGCCGGCCGUGCGACGGGUCGUGCGCCGGGUGCACGGACGGGGCCGCCUGCACGGCCUGCCGGCCGGGGCUGGUUUUCCUGAGCCCCGAUGCGCAGGUGCCGUCCCUGUGCGGGGCGGCCUGCUCGCCGGGCGAGUAUGCCGGGCCCGGGCGGUGUGCCGCGUGCCAUGGCAGCUGCAGCAUGUGCGCCGGCGCCGCGACCGCCUGCCAGGCGUGUGCCGGCGGGCACCGGUGGGAGGUGCCGGCCCCGGGGCCCGGGGCCACGGGCGCCUGUGUGCCCUGCCCGGCCGGGUGCGCGAGCUGCACGGCGGACCGGUGCCUGGCCUGCCAGCCGGGGCUGGUGCUGACCGGGCCCGGGGCCUGUGUGGCCUCGUGCCCGGCCGGGACCUGGUCCAAUGGGGAGACCUGCCAGCCGUGUGCGGUCAGCUGCGCCACCUGCACCGGCGGCGGGGAGGCCGAGUGUGGCAGUUGCGCGGCCGGGCUGGACCUGGUGGAGGGGACCCCGGGCACCGGGCAGGGGGCCUGCAUGUCCCACUGUGGCGAUGGCCGGUACCGGGACCCGGGCACGAGCCAGUGCCUGCCCUGCCAUGCGGCCUGCGCCACGUGCAAUGGGCCCGAUGACCGGCAUUGCUGGCGGUGCCGUGAUGCCGUGCUGCAGGAUGACCAAUGCCUGCAGGAUUGCGCCGAGGGCCAUGUGGCCGUGGCCGGCCGGUGCCUGCCAUGCCAUGUGUCCUGCCGGCAGUGCGCCGGGGUCCGGUCGACCGAGUGCCUGGCCUGCCCGGCGGGCAUGCUGGCCCUGCCGCGGGACCAGCGCCCGGGCCGGUGCACGCCGGCCUGCCCGGCCGGGUAUGGCACCGAGCCCGGCGGGUGUGUCGCCUGCCCGGGCCAGUGCGCCAGCUGCCCGGCCGGCGGCGGCACGUGCGAGCAGUGCGAGCGCGGGUGGCUGCUGGCCGGGCCGGCCUGCGUGGCUGCCUGCCCGGCUGGCAGCACCCCGCUGGGCGGCAUGUGCUUCACGUGCCACGCGGCGUGCGGCACAUGCUACGGCCCGGGCCCGGACCAGUGUCUGACGUGCGGCCCGGGGGCGCCGUUCCUGCUGGCCGGCCGGUGCCAUGCGGCCUGCCCGGCCGGGACCUAUGCCACGGACCCGGGGUCGGCAUGUGUCCCGUGCGAUGGGACGUGUGGGGCCUGCUCCGGGCCCGGGGCGCGGCAGUGCACCGGCUGCCCGGAGGGCCGGGUCCUGUGGCAGGGCGAGUGUCUGGCCGGCUGCCCGGCCGGGUACUUCGCCGAGGCCGGCACGUGCGCUGCCUGCCACGCGUCGUGCGCCCUGUGCGAUGACCGGGCCUCCUGCCGGAGCUGCCACGGCCGGGACAUGGUCGGCCCGGGGGGGCUGUGCGUGGGGGCCUGCCCGGCCGACGGGUGGGCCGGCUGUCCGGAUGGCGGCCGGUGUGUCGCCUGCCCGGGGCAUUGCCGCGCGUGCGAGGCCAUCGGGCCGGCGUGCGCCAUGCACUGCACGGCCUGCGACCCGGGGUAUGUCCUGGCGGCCGGCGAGUGCCAUGUCGAGUGCCCGGCCGGGGCCUUCCUGCCGGCCGGGGCGACCGAGUGUGGCCCCUGUGCGGACCCCUGCGCCGGGUGCGCCGGCGCGGCCGACCGGUGCACCGGCUGCCGGCCGGGGCUGCUGCUGGUGCCGGAGGAGGCCCAGUGCCGGUCGGCCUGCCCGGCGGCCAUGGCCCCGGUGGGGGACAUGUGUGUUCGGUGCCCGGCCGGGUGCGAGCAGUGCGCCGGGCCGGCCGACGGCCAGCACGGGUGCACCCUCCGGCCCGGGGAGCUGGUCCAUUGCCCGGAGGCGGGGUCCUGCGACCGGUGCAUGGCCGGGCUGCUGCUGCUGCCGGCGCGGCCGCCGGACAGCCGGGCCGCCUGUGUGCCGGUGUGCCCGGAGGGGCACUUCACCGAGGCCCAGGACCCGGGCACAUGCGGCCGGUGCCACGCCAGCUGCGAGGGGCCGUGCUCCGGCCCGGAGCCGGGCCACUGCGACCGGGCCCGGGAGUCGGCCGGCUCGCGGGUCGGCCUGGCCAUCGGCCUGGCCGUGGGCCUGCUGGUGCUGGUGCUGGUCCUGCUGCUGGUGCUGGGGCUGUAUUUGGCCAGGCGGCGGCGGGCCCGGGCCCGGGCCCCGGCCGGCAAGGCGGCCGACGACGACGACGAGGACGCCACCAUGCUGAACACCAUCGUGGAGCUGGCCCUGCCCGGGGCCAUCCUGGUGGACGUGGCGGCCGGCUUCCAGCCGCUGGGCGAGCAGCUCGGGGCCGGGGGCCAGGCGUCGGUGUACGCCGCGCGGGUCAUCGGCCCGGGGGUCGUGGCCCGGCUGGGCUGCCCGGACGUGGUGGCCGUGAAGCGGAUGCGGCCGGAGGCCAUGCAGCCGGUGCACCAUGCCCUCUUCCAGAAUGAGGUGGCCCUGAUGUGGCUGCUCCGGGAGCAUGGGCACCUGGUCCGGAUGUAUGGCUAUUCGGAAUCCCCCCCGGCCAUUGUGAUGGAGCGCUUCGAUUGCGACCUGCAGGUGUUGCUGUACCUGGAGAUCCACCUGUCGGAGGUGGACCUGGCGGACCUGUGCCGCCAGUGGGCCACCGGGCUGGAGGCCAUGCACGCGCACGGGGUGGCCCACCGGGACCUGAAGCCGGGCAAUGUCUUCGUCAACCGGCGGCCAGCCGGCGGCUGGAGCGCGGCCAUCGGCGACCUGGGCACCUCGGUGAGCCUGAGCGCCGGCCGGUCCUCGGCCCUGGUGCACAGCACGCCCGAGCUGAAUGCCAUGAGCGUGCGGUACGCCUCGCCGGAGGUGAUCGCCGCCUUCCAGCGGGGGGUGCUCCUGGAUCGGGAGCUCUUCCUGCCGGCGGACAUCUUCAGUGCGGCGGUCAUGCUGCAGGAGUGCCUCACCCGGACGGCCCCCUGGCCCGGGAAGGACAUCUCGCAGAUCAUGGAGGCCGUGGUGGCUGGCGAGCGGUCGCGCGGCCCGGCGGUGUCGGCCCUUGCCGGGGACCUGAUCGAGUCGGCGCUGUAUGCGGCGCCGGCCGAGCGGCCCUCGGCGGCCCUCUUCCGCGAGCGGUGCACCGGCCUCCAUGUGUUUGCCGGCGGCAUGCCCGGCAUCCAGUGACAGGAUCCGCCCUCUGCCGGCCCCCGGGCCCGGCCGGGAUAAGCAAGAAAAGAAACAUCUUGAAUAGCAACUUUUCUGUGUGCC